AUCUACGGGGCAGCCAUUUUAAAGGACGACGGUUAACGAGGAUGUCGUGUAGCACAAUGAUCUUUUGAGUGCGGUACAUUCUGGGGAGUCCUCUGAAUUUCAAAAGCUCCCAAUUCAAGUCUUCGCUGAGUUUCGAGCUACAAACCCCUCGGUUUGAAUGGAACGCGGUUUAACACUCAGCCACCACAUCCCACUGAGUGAAGAUUAUUAAAUACUAGCACAAGCCUUAGCUAGGACGACGGAGGAUUGUUACAGAAGGGUUCAAACCCAGCACUAUCAAGAUGACUGAACAGAACGCAAACAACAGAACUAUGUAAAAAGAACUGCGCCAUUUCAAACAGUUUUAGGGAUCUUUCAACCAAGCCCAGACCUACCAGAGCAAGGCGAGAAAUCAAAUAGGUCAGAGGGGAGUGUCUUCUCUGGUUGCCAUGGAAACAGUUAGCAAGCAGACCAAUCACCUGUCACCAGACAAACCCAUUGAAAGUAAAACCAGCUUCUGUGCCUUCAGACCCUGGCUGACAGAGCCGCACAGACAUGAUGCUGCAAAGAAAGGAAGGACAAGAGAUGAUAAUCAAAAACCGAAAUCACCAGACUUAUCCACCAGAUUUUCCAAAUCUACAGAUUUCCCGCUGACCUCAUUAUGGUCUCCAGAUCUCCGAGGCUGCCAAGCAUGGACAAAGCCCCUAGAUACUCAGCCGUCCUGUAUCCCUCAUUUUUUCACCGCAUAUUUCCGUCACCUGAAUCCGGACCUUGGAGCAUACGGCAUUCAUCGAGGCUGGACAGGGCUCAAUUAUCCUCCAAGUCUUCAACCUCUAGAAAAAGUAGGGAAAGGAAUCCUUUCUCCUUGGGUAUCCAACACAUCAUCUAACGUCUCAACUGGACUGAUGUUAAGGUCGCCACGCCCCAUCCUUGAGGCAGAGUCUGAGCUGCACAAACAUCCUCUCCACAUCCACAAGCACCACAUUCGACGUCCUCAGGGGAUGGGCAUCAACACCACUCCUUUGUCGAGGAAUCAUCACCCCAGCCUCAACUCUCCGUCUACGGCAACAGGGAUGCUGCACCCCAGCCUAGAUCCGCCCAUCGGCCCCGCCUUGCCCGUUUUAAACUCCGCCCACUCCUGCGCCCCGGGCCACGCCCACUUCGAACAAAAGGGGAAUUUCGAGUGCGUGAAAUGCUGCAAACAGUUCAGCACUCCUCACGGUCUGGAAGUUCACGUCAGGAGGACGCACAGUGGACGCAGGCCUUACGCUUGUGAUAUCUGCAACAAAACGUUCGGACACGCGGUCAGUCUGACCCAGCACCGUUCUGUCCAUACCCAGGAGAGGUCUUUUCAGUGUCAGCAGUGUGGUAAAAGCUUCAAAAGGUCAUCCACAUUGUCCACACAUCUCCUCAUUCACAGUGACACUCGACCGUAUCCGUGUCCAUACUGCGGGAAACGCUUUCACCAGAAGUCUGACAUGAAGAAACAUACCUACAUACACACAGGUGAAAAGCCCUAUAAAUGCAGUCAUUGCAGUAAAGCAUUUAGUCAGUCUUCCAAUUUAAUCACUCACUGUAGGAAACACACGGGCUUCAAGCCUUUUACCUGUGAUAGGUGCGGCAGGGCUUUCCAGAGGAAAGUUGAUCUGCGGCGCCAUGUAGAGACCCAGCAUGUGGAGGCUGACGCCAAAGCAGGUCUUUCUCAUCUCUCCCUCUUGAUGUCGCAGGACAAGCUCCCCGAGGGCGUCGAAACAAAGGUGUCGGACAGGAGAUACCUGUCUGAGCGUGACCCUAAGGGGCACCGCGUUGUUGACCUGCUGUCCGCCUCUAAAAGAAACAUCGACGACAUUCCAAAGGACGACGCCGGUGUUGGGUUCACUUCUCCAGUAGGUCACAAUCCAUGGCUGGAACCUAACUCCAUCAGCCCUGACUCCGGGGUUGACCUUGUCUCCGCGAGUCCAAGGUCCUGUCAUACGUCAUACGAAUGGGCGGAGGAGAGCCUACUAGCUACUGACACACACAACAAAAGCCAACUUCGUAUCUACGCCGAAUCCAGACCAGAUUACAGAGGCUCAUCCCCGCCGUCGGAGAUCAACAACAACGACGACCAAGGCUACAAAACGCCGCUGAGGUAUAUGCCGAAUCCAGGUGUGCCUGCAGCCAGAUCCAGAAUGAAAGCCAGCGUGUGGCGUCCCGAUAACGACCUCCUGAAUGACGACGAGACCAGUGAUGAGGACAUGAACGAGGAUGACAUCCAAGGGGAAGAUGAUGACAAUGAAUACAGUUCAGAAGAGGCGAACUUUGAUCUAGACUCCAGCGCUCCGUCGCCAGUCAUUGAUGUGGUUAGCGCUAACGAUGAAUAAAAGUCGGUCCCAUGGGAAGAACAAAACAUUAUAGAAAAUGAGCUCACCUAUUAUUAUCGUUAAACGUGUACAAUAUCAGGAGCAUUACUAUUGUUCCCUUCAUUGCAUGGGACAGGUGAUACAUAUAUAAACUUGAGAAAUGAUAAAACAAAAGAUUUGAAAUUAUAAAUCAUUAUAUCCUUAUCACAUUUUUAUAAUUAUCUUUUCGUUACCAUAGAUUAGAUGACUUGAUCAGAAUUUCUCAGUACACUAGUUGUGGUUUUAUUUGUAUCUUGUUGUACUGUAUCAAUCUUAUAACACAUGAUUGAAGCGCUUUAAAAACAAAAUGUAGUAAACAAUCUUGUUGGCUUUAACAUUUGAUAACAUCAUUUUAGUUGAAUCGAAGGACACACGUAAUCAAGAGACACAUAGAUUUAUGUGCUUUCAAAAAAGUGUCCCAUUGAUUGAAAUUGUUAAUCUUUGGACUCCUGUUGCUUAAGUCUCCGUGUCUUCCUGAAGUUACAGCGACAUGGACUUGUCUCGUUAACUCAGGCAUUAGCUGGUUAAAUCUCUUGUUCAUGUACUACACCCCCAACCCGGGCCUCUCCCAAUGCUGAGAAGGGCAUCUUCGUCCCGGUCACUCUUAGUUCACAAAAAAGAGUUCUUGUAUUUCAUAUAUUUUCGUGAUACAAAGAAUACCGCCUCUGGCUUCUCCCUAUAUGUAGAAGAGUGCCUCUACUUUCUAGCCUCUCUCAAUACACAAAAGAGCUCCCCACAGACACUUUUGUUUUCUAAUCUCUCUAUCACUAGACAGAAGAGCUCAUCUAUGCCUAUCAUGUCCAGUCUCUCUAGCACUAGACAGAAGAGCUCAUCUAUGCCUAUCAUGUCCAGUCUCUCUAGCACUGGACAGAAGAGAUCAUCUAUGCCUAUCAUGUCCAGUCUCUCUAGCACUAGACAGAAGAGCUCAUCUAUGCCUAUCAUGUCCAGUCUCUCUCGCACUAGACAGAAGAGCUCAUCUAUGCCUAUCAUGUCCAGUCUCUCUCGCACUGGACAGAAGAGCUCAUCUAUGCCUAUCAUGUCCAGUCUCUCUAGCACUGGACAGAAGAGCUCAUCUACGCCUAUCAUGUCCAGUCUCUCUAGCACUAGACAGAAGAGCUCAUCUACGCCUAUCAUGUCCAGUCUCUCUCGCACUAGACAGAAGAGCUCAUCUACGCCUAUCAUGUCCAGUCUCUCUCGCACUAGACAGAAGAGCUCAUCUACGCCUAUCAUGUCCAGUCUCUCUAGCACUAGACAGAAGAGCUCAUCUACGCCUAUCAUGUCCAGCCUCUCUAUCACUUCUUGCAAAUCAUAAGUCAAUGCAACUAUUCAGAGCUGUAGUGGUAAACAAUCAAAUUGGAUUGAUUUUAAAAUAAAUUACCUAUGGACAAUUGAGUCAGAAAUUCAACAAUCUUCUUGACCACCCAAGUGAAUAGUUUCAAAAGUAUGCUCUACAGGCGCUUAGGACAUACAAAAACAACAACAUCUAGUUUGAAGAGUAAAUAGAGAUUUUAACAUAUUAAACAUUGUUCCCCUAACAUUUGAAUACUGUUAAUAGAUUGGUAGAUCCUAGUUUAUAGUUGCUACACGAGUAAAAAUAAGAGUCACCUCUGAUUAGAGUGAUUGUUUUUUUUAAACAUUGCACAGUAACAAAAUAUUUAUUCUGACUGGUUGUAUGUUUAUAACUAAAAAGAACAAAAUACACAAUUAUCAUCCAAAGUGUAAAAUCAUUGAAAAUACCUUUGUUUAUCUUUCUAGACUCGUGCACUAUUUGUAAAUACUAUUUAUAUUUAAUACGUAUGCUAUUUCCUUAUUGCAUUUAUAUUUUAGCUGCAUUUCUAUGGAUUUGUUUUUCUUUUCAUGAUUAAAAAAUGUACACAUUUCUUACAUUUAAAACUACAAUUGUUCUUUCAUUAUUUCAUCGACAGACUGUGUCCUGAGGC